AUGUCGAAAUCCGAACUGAAAGAAGAGAAGAAGAGUCGCAAGAGGCAGGCGGAGGAGACUGCCGAGGCGCCAGUAAAAUCGAAAAAGUCAAAGAAGUCAAAGGACGUCGAAGCCACCGAGACGCCAGUAGAAGAGACCAAGAAAGAGAAGAAGGAGAAGAAGUCAAAAGACUCGAAGAAGUCUAAGAAGUCCAAGGAUGUCGUCGAGGAUGCUACAGAAGAGGCCGUCGUAGAAGCCGCGCCUGCUGAGGAGCAAUCUGAGAAAAAGUCCAAGAAAUCGAAAAAGUCGAAGAAGGCCGAGGCCAGCGACGAAGCCACCAAAGUCGUCGACGAUGUUGCCAUGGCCGACGCGACCGCCGCGAUCGACGAUGCAGCCUCGAAAGAUGAGAAGAAGAAGGCAAAGAAGGACAAAAAGGAGAAGAAGUCCAAGAAAUCCAAGUCUGAGGCUGAGAGCGCAUCCACCAAGGAUGCUGCUACAGCAAACGGCACAACUGAGGAUACCGUUAUGGACGACAGUACCGAGGCCGAAGCGAAGAGUGAGAAGAAGUCCAAGAAGGAAGAAAAAGACAAAUCGGAGAAGAAAGACAAGAAAGACAAAUCGGAGAAGAAGGAAAAGAAAGAGAAAAAGGAGAAGAAGGAGAAGAAGAGCAAGAAGGUUGCUGAGCCCGAGACCAACGGCGAUGUUGCGGCGACAGAAGAGGCCGCUGUCGAGACCAACGGUGACGCUGCGACAGAGGAGGCCGAGGCAGGAGCUGAUGGCGAGAACGAGGAGACAGCUGGCAAGAAGGGCCGUUUCAUUGUCUUCGUUGGCAAUCUCCCCUACACCGCGACUAAGGAGCAGAUCGAGGAGCAUUUUACCAAGAUCAAGCCGACCGAGAUCCGCCUGCGCACAUACAAAGGCACUAACAAGUUCAUGGGCACCUGUUUCGUUGAAUUUGAUCGCUUUGAUCGCAUGGAGACGGCGCUGAAGAAGUACCACCACUCCGUCUUCCCUGACGGCAAGAAGAAGGAGGGUCGCAAGAUCAACGUUGAGCUGAGCGCCGGUGGCGGCGGCAACAGCGAAGCACGACGCGAAAAGAUCACAGCCAAGAACAACAAGCUGCACGACGAGCGCGCCAACGACCGCGAGAAGCGUGCUGAGAUCGAAAUGAAGCAGGCCGAGCGCGCAGCCAAGAAGGGCAAGAAGGGUGCCAAGGGCGGAGAGGAGGAAGAGGCCGCUGUUGAGCCCGAUAACGUCGGUAUCCAUCCUGCUCGUCUUGCCAUGAUGGCUGGGAACGACCGUCCUUCAUACCCCACGCACAGGCAGCGGUACUAG